UUAACUUCGAUGAAAAACCUGCUUUGCUGGUUUAUCAGUGUUGCUUUUCCUCAUACCCGGCGUUUACUUCCAACUUGAUCGGCUGCUUAAUAAUUUUCUUUUCGAAAUUAAUACUUCCAUUUGCGACCACGUAAAGUUUGCACUUGUUUACAUUCUUUUAUUUUCCCUUUUGCCAGGAAGUUAGCUUUGGUUUUUGACAAAGGCAAAUUAUGCGCUACUGUAUUAUUACUGUAUAACUGGACCAGAUGAAAUUUUAAUAGCAGGUUACCGAGUAAUGGAUAUCAAGCUUAUACUUACCAAAGAUGAGCCGUUCGGUGAACUACAACUGUCAGCAGUGAAUCAAAAAUCACCGGCAUAUUACACACUGAAAGAAGUUUCCAAACACUUUUCUUACGAUUCUUGCUGGAUUAUCGUAUGGAAUCGCAUAUACAACGUAACGGAUUAUUUGCAACAGCAUCCAGGCGGAAUGGAAAUAAUUCUGGAAUUCGCCGGUAGCGAUGCCACAUCUGCUUUUAUCGAUAAAGGUCACUCCCGAGUGGCUGUUGAAAUCCUGGAAGACUAUUACAUUGGUGAACUGACACCGGAAGAUCGCCUGUAUCCAGAUUAUUCUUCACCGUAAAAUUGAUGGCACCUUUGAUGGCACGUUGCUCAACCGAAUGCAGAAAACCGACAAUCUACCUCCCGGCAUUUGUAAACUGGGAAACCAACACUCUGUGUCAUCGAAUAGAGCCGUCCAUUAGCCUCCAGGUCGUGAUUUCACUGCAUUUCUGAACUCGGCCUUGAAAACGUUGGCCAAAUGUAUGUACAAAACGUGCUAACGUUUUUCAGCAAAUGCCCGUGAUUCAAGCUAGCUAAAUCCAUAUCGAUAAUAUGACGAUUAUUUAAUGCCAAUUUAUGGCAAAGUCUUAUUCAUUUCAUGUUGUACGAUAUCUUUGAAAUCUGUAAUAGCUAUAAAUCUUCUGGAGCUCGAUGUAUCGAGACGUUUACUUUUGUACAGUCGACUGAAUGCAACAUAAAACAACGCCA